GCAAAUACUGAUGACGGCGCUAGUGUGCAAUGGAGGAAUCAGCUGUGUCAGAGUUUUUUGCAUUUCAAUGAAAAUUUGCGUUGACCCACAAAGAAAAGGCACAAAAGAAGUGAUAAAUUGUGAAAAUUGGGACUCUGUGAGAUGGGUAAUCAAUUGGUGGGCAUUGCCCCCAGUCAAAUAUUCCCGGUGGAACACUAUUUGACUGGAUCUUUCUUCGAAUCGGAUUUGCAGUAUGAAACAAGCAUGGGCAGUACGAGAUUCUUCAAAGUGGCCAGAGCAAAGUCCGACGAGGGUUUGGUGGUGAUAAAAGUGUUUGUGAAGCAUGAUCCCAGUCUCCCGUUGGAAUGUCAUGCGGAGAAGCUUGAGUUUAUUAAGAAAAAUCUGUCCAAUGCAGUCAAUUGCCUUCCAUUUCAGCGAGUUGUGCUAACUGAGAAGGCAGGAUUGAUAAUGAGGGAGUUUGUGAAGCAUAGUCUUUAUGAUCGAGUGUCUACGCGUCCUUUUCUCACUGCAACAGAGAAGAAAUGGAUUACCUUUCAAGUCCUCUGUGCCUUGCAUCAGUGUCACAAACAGAAGAUCUGCCAUGGAGACAUAAAACUGGAGAAUAUUCUGAUAACAUCUUGGAAUUGGAUUCUAUUGGCAGAUUUUGCAUCAUUCAAGCCAACUUUUCUGCCUGAAGACAAUCCUUCGGACUACACGUACUUCUUCGACACCAGCCGACGGAGAACCUGCUACAUAGCUCCUGAGAGAUUCAUUCAGUCUAUCUCAAAUGAGGCUCAACCCAAGGAUGGACCCCUUGUGGGAGAUGGUCCCUGUUAUUCAGGCAAUCUCACUCCGGAAAUGGACAUUUUUUCAGCUGGAUGUGCACUUUUGGAGUUAUGGUGUGAAGGUACAGCUCCAUUUGAAUUUUCACAGCUUCUCUACUACCGCAAAGGCGAUCAGGAAUUAGUGACGAAGCAUCUAAAUGGCAUAGAUAAUGCUCGAUUGCGAAAUUUGAUUGCAUCGAUGCUGAACAGAAAUCCAGCAGAGAGGAAAUCAGCAGAAAUUUAUCUGGAUCAGGAGCGUGGCUCUCUAUUUCCCGAAUACUUUUACACUUUUCUUCAGUCCUACAUGCAGAUGUUCUCCUCUAUUCCCAUCAUGCCAUUGGAUGACAAGAUCAUGCGCCUACAUGCAGAUAUCAAGCAGAUCAUAAAAAUGCUGACAGGGGUGGAUCCGGAAGAGAGGGAAAACUCCGAAAAGGCUCAGAGGAUCGAGGAGAAAAGUGAGAAAAAUGGGAUUGACGAUGAUGGAUUGAUACUUGUGACAACAGCCGUAACAGCCAACAGUAGAGGACUUCACUAUUGCAACUCGAAAUUGUGCUGCUUGGAAAUUCUGCAGGACUUGGCUGAGUACACCACAUCAGAAGUCAUUCUUGAUCGCAUCAUUCCCACCAUUCUGUACUUUACAAAAGAUCCCACUCCUCGUGUGCGGUCCACGGCAAUUGAUACACUUACAUCGUGCCUGAGAAUGGUUCGUCGGUUGCCGCGGAGUGAUGGAAAUGUCUUUCCUGAGUAUGUCUUUCCCAUCAUCUCCGGUCUGGCCACAGACACUGCUAAUGGAGUGAGGGUGGCUCUGGCGAGAAAUCUUGGUGAUCUGGCUGAGGUGAGUGUGAGAUUUUUGGAACAAACCAGAUUAAAUUGUCCAGCUGAAUAUCACCAAGUGCGAUAUGAGAGAGAAAUGACGGUGCUGCAUGAUAUGGUGCAAUUGAUGACAUCGAGUUUGUUGACGGAUCCACAAGGAAUAGUCAAACAAACUCUAAUUGAGGCAGAUAUCACAAAGUUGUGCAUAUUCUUUGGGAAGAAUAAGGCUUACGAUGUGAUACUGUCGCAUAUGAUAACAUUUUUGAAUGAUAAGGAGGAUAAGCAUUUGCGUGGAUCAUUUUUUGAGUGUAUUGUGGGUGUGGCUGCGUAUGUUGGAUGGACAUGUUCUGAGAUUCUGAUGCCUCUGCUGCAGCAGGGAUUGACUGAUACAGAAGAGAUGGUUAUUGCCAAGGCUAUAAGGGCAAUGUCAGCUCUGGCAGAGUUGGGAUUGGUUGAAAAACCAGCUCUGGUUGCAUUUAUAACUGAAGCUGCGUGUUAUAUGAAUCAUCCAAAUGGUUGGAUAAGGCAUGAAAUUUGUGGAUUGAUUGCCACAGCAACCAGAACAUUGACAACUCUAGAUGUUCAGUGCAAAAUUGUUCCAGCAAUUGCUGACAAUUUAACCACAUCCUUGAUCUUAAUUGAUCAUACGGAAAUUUUGAUGGAUUGCUUGCAACCACCAAUUCCACGAGCUGUCUAUGACAGUGUGGUGAAAUUUCCGGAUGUGAUGCACUUCUUUAAGGCUCUGGAGGAGCGUAAAGAAGCCAGAGCUAGAGUUGCCGAUGGGUUACUGCCACAGUAUGGAGGAGAAUCGGGUACGGCCAUUAGAAAUCUCUUCAGACGCUUGAGUGCUGAAGGAUUGACAGAAUUGGCGGAGAAUCAAUUGUUGACCAUGAAGUCACAUAUUGUGAAGCUGAAUAAGUACAAAGCAGCCGAACCAAAGACUCUCUCAGACGGUCGAAUGACUUUUACACGAAAAAUGGGUAUUAGUCAUGAAGUACAGUUGCUGGAGAAGCAACACAAGGUGGAUCCGAGUCAGGGUAGGAAGGCACGUAAAGUUGAUGUGGAUAUGACGAUGAAUUCAGAAUGGCAACAUAUGUUUGGUGUGUUAGACAUCAAUUCUGUGUCACCAUCAUCACCGUCAAAUGAAUCGGGGACUUCUGUCACAGGUAAUAGUCCCCCAAUGGUCAAUACCCAAGUUCAGCCAACUCCUACAUCAUCCUUAGUUGAGUAUAGCAUGCCAGAAAGGAGUUUUCUGCAAGAGAGAUUUUCAGAAUGUCGAUUGGAUCUGGAAUCAUUGCAGACAAAGAUUAAAACUGAACAUUCAGUUAUGGCUCUCAAUCGGGACUACGAUCCCUUUGCCUAUUAUGCCCCUAUUCCACCUAAUUGGCGUCUUAAAGGUACUCUUGUAGCUCAUUUGCAUGAACAUCGAAGAGCUGUGACACGUUUGAGUCCCUUGAAGACUUUUGGGUCUUACUUUGCUUCAACGUCCGUUGAUGGAACUGUAAGAUUGUGGGAUUGCAAUAAAUUGGAUGGACAUCAGUCUAUCAAUCGAUCUCGUCAGACCUAUUCGGCCAAUACUCCUCUCUAUUCCCUGGCAUCGUGUGAUGCUGGACAAUCAUUGGCUGUGGCUGGAAAAGAUGGAACACUUUUGCUAUUGCGCAUUGAUCCGAAUUCCAGCAAAAUGGCUCUUCAACAGGCCAUUCAGUUUGAUCCGGAUCCAAAGUAUGACAAGGCUAACAUUGAGGCAAGUGAUGGUCCUGUGGUGGAUAUGCAACCAUUGGAUCAGGGUGCUCAGAGUCUCAUUGUGUAUACAACACUCUAUGGGGGAAUUGUUGGGUGGGAUAUUAGAGCUCCAGGUUAUGCUUGGAGAUUGCAAAGUGAUCUCAAAAAUGGCGUCAUAACGACGCUUUGUGUGGACCCUACUAGUUCAUGGUUGGCUGUGGGAACAAGCGGAGGAAGACAUUCAUUCUGGGAUUUGCGCUUUAAGUUGCCCAUAGCUGAGAUUCGACAUCCGCAUGAUGCUAGAAUUAGGAGGAUUGCAUGUCAUCCAACAGAGAGAUCUUCAAUCAUCUCCGCUUCUCAAGGCAACAACGAGGUGUACAUCUACAACAUUGAGACGAAUCACAGACAAAUGGCUCUGUGGACAAGUACAGCACCUCCGCUCUCAAAUACCAACCCUUCUAAUCAUUCGGCCAUUGCACUGUUGCCAGGCAUCUCGGAUAAAUCGGAGUUCCUGUUGACGGCAGGAACUGAUCAGAGAAUUCGACAUUGGGAUCUCAGGGAUCAUACCAAUUGCUCUUUGAUUGUACCAUCACCGAAGGAUCACUUGUCAGCAACCAACACUUCAUACGAGUAUCGCUUAAUUGAUGGUACGAAAGUGAUCCAGGAGAUUGACACGAGAACCCAGUCAACUCUAUCGGCUCAUUCAGGUGCCGCUGGUCUCGAAGUGCCCCGAUCUGGUCCAGAGCCACCAGCUUCUGGUCAUAUUGACAUCAUCACAGACAUGGUGCUGUGCAAAUCCACCAAGCAGACCUUUGUGGCAUCCUCGAGUCGCGACGGAGCCAUCAAAAUAUGGAAGUAAAUGAAGUGAUUCACUCCAUGUCUCUAUUAACUAUUCUCUAGGACUCUAUGUACGCUUACAUUGUACGUUUAAUUUUAACAAAAAUAUAUUGUAUAUUAAAUGGA